AGCUUUCGGCUGUUGGACAGUCCAUGCCCGGUUGGAGCCAUGGAUUCCGAGUUCAAUUCGAGGGCUUACGAGCACCUCUUCCAGUCGCUGCCGGACCUCGGCCAAGAGGCACCACCACUAGGUCCACAGCCAUUGUCCUGGGAGCAUGACACUGCCACCAGCAUAUGUCUCGUGGCAAUUCUGUCCCUGACAGCCGCCGCCAACCUGAUCUUUUUCAUGCCACGCGCUGUUUCCGCGCGUGAGGGGCUGAACGGGACAGCCGGGACCGCGCUGAACGGGGCGACUGCGGCGAGCGGGUUGAUGAAGGGUCGAGUGGACACCUUGGCGCUCACGGGGCUCCGGGGCUUUGCAGCGCUGCACGUGGCCGUGGGCCACUACGCCUCCGCAUCCCCGCUGCAUGUUGACCUCAUUGGAGGUGCCUCAAUGAGUUUCUUCUACCUCCUCUCUGGCUUUGUGAUGACUCUGGGCUAUGCCAAAGAUUUGCUAGCAGUUGCAGGGAUUCUAUUAUUCGCGCAGGAUGACAGCAGCAACUUUAGGGAUUUCAACAAGAAGCGCUUCUGGCGCAACCGCUUUGCGAGGCUCUUCCCCAUGUACAUGUUGACCAAUGUCGCCAUUUUCCUGGUAAUGCACUACCUUGGGGACAACGCAAUGGAGGGGAUGUCCUCCGGGAAAUUCGACAUGAACCUGGUGUUCACAAUCCUGGGCCUCAACAUGUGGAUCUACCCGCUGGAUGCCUGGCUGCCGCAGACCCAGCAGAUCGAGCUGCCCAGCAACUUGGUCACCUGGACAGUGCAGACCAUGGCAGUCUUCUAUCUGAUCUUCCCCAGCAUGCUGCCCUGGCUCAAAGCUGUGCGGCGGCGCAAGCUGACGGUCCAUUUGCUGUUCUGGCUACAGGCUACGACCUUCAUGGCCAUUGUGUGUUUGGGGCUGUUUGGGAUCGACAACUUCAACUGGGCCUAUUGGACGGCGAGGGCCUGGCCUCUGAGCCGCGUGCCCGUCUUCGCCAUGGGCUGCCUGGCCGCGGUGGAGCGCCUCCAUGGCGGAGGCAACUUCACACCCUUCUGCUGCCGUGGUGAUGCGCAAGCUGGAGACUAUGGACGACGGGCCACCAUACUUGGAUUCAGCUACAUCCUGCUGCUGGCGCUGGCCGUCGGUAUCAAUCAGGUGCCCCUCACAGACCGCUACUGGAUGUCCGUUCGGGAAGCCAUGGUCCGUUCUUCGUGGGAGGCUUUUGUUCCGCUGCUAUUCAUUGACCUGAUACUGGCAUUGACGCAUUGUGGCGACAGUGGCAUCCUCGCGCGCGCCUGCCGCAGCAAACCGAUGGAGUGGAUGGGUGAGAUUGCCAUGUCCUUCUACAUGAUACACUUUGGCUUGCUGAUGACGGUGUUGAUGGGCACGAAGAUUGGCUACGCAGAGGUGCCCUGGUGGCUUUUGUUUUCCUGCUUUGCUGGGGCACUCCUGGCAGGAUGGCUUCUGACGCGAUUUGUCGAGGACCCGUCCCGAAAGUGCUUGAGAGGCUAGAUGCCACGGAUGGCUGUGAAAGGCCAAAGAUGGCAGGAAUUGAUCCACGGAAUCUACUCACAAUGAGUUGAGGAUGGUGGAACUGACCAAAGUGUCACUGGCUGUGCUCACAACCACGAGCAACCAGUCCCUAGUGUUGCUAUGGGCAGUUUUGUGUAGUAAGAUGGGAGGAGUGCCGGGCACUCCCCAUGGACUUACAGAACACUCCCGGGCUCCCUUCAGUAUUGUUGGAGCUGCCA